AUGAUUUGUCUGUUGGCCAUCCUCGUCUUCGCUGCCGUUCACAGCACCGUGCCGCCGCUUGCCGUCAAGAUGACGGGCUUCGCCGUUGAAGACGAAUUUCCGAACCCGAGUCGGAUCUCCAUCGGCAUGACUGCCGCCCACCCCAAUCGAGACCAUGUCCUCGAGCACGUCCUAUUGACCACGUACAAGGAUGGCAAAUUUGUUGGGGAUACGGCGUCUUUCGGCGAAAAGGAAGUUCAGCGAUUUCAGCUGGGGCAUGUCUCCUUCGUGAGCGUCACUGUCGAGGUCUUCAUCAAUAAAGGUGAACGCGACGUUAGAUGUGGAUUUCUCCAAUGGGGUUUCGAUCCAAAGGACCCCGCUCCUGAAGCGUUCACAACCGAUUGCACGUCUCGUUAUUCCAUGAUCACUAUGAAUCUCUCCGUCAUUUGUCCUCCUGGCCUCAAUGGUAUUGUAUGCGCCCACAAAUGCGAGUGUCCGAAUUGUGAGCCUUCGUGUGUCACUGCGAGCCGUGCAACAGCACCGGCUCAACAGCUCGCAUCCAGCUCAGGAAAACAGAAUUUGCUUUUUGCCCCGCUGAUCUUUGUGGCGCUGUCGCUG